AUGUAUUUCUGUCCUAUAUGUGAGCAUUUUGUUAUGUAAGAACUGUAAAUUGUUUGUAAAUUUACGUAUAUAUUUAGUGUAUUUUAUGUAUUUUCAUAUUUUUGUUAGAAUAAAACAAAGUCAGACAGAAACGUCAAUUGUCACAUUCGGGUCGAUACAAAAUAACAAGCAAAGAAAGCGUAUAGGGUCAAAGCACCUAUACACAGAUCUUGAAGCAAGUGAUAUUUUACUUGGUAUGUUGUACAUUAAACAAUAUGUCUGGAUAAUAUGGAAAAUAUACGCAGGGACGUCGCUACUGGGGGUGUGUGACACCCCCCCCCCCAAUAAUAAAAAGUUGGUCAAAAGUUGGUCAAAACGGGAUUGAUGUUGCCAAAAGUUGGUCACAGGGGGGACCACAAUUUGCUCCAAAACCCCAAAAAUUGAUCAAAUAACUUCAAAAACGCCAGUAUUAUUCGAAAAAUUUUUUUAAUUGUAUAUGUGCGGAAAAAUUGUUUUUGGCGAACUCCCCCCCCCCCGUCGACAACAUUUCAGGGAAAAAAAUUUUGUUGACAGUUGGUCAAAAUCCCGGGACAGUUGGUCAAACCAUGACAACACCCCCCCCCCAUGUUGAUCCCUUCGCGACGUCCCUGAAUAUACGGUCUCAGGCACUGUUCUAUAUAUACUAUCUCAUUCACCGUUUAAUACCCCUACAAAUAUAUCGAUAUAUCGACAAUGCUACAAUGUUUUCAUUUUUGAUUAGGUGGAGAUGCAAAGCAUGAAGAGUUGUGGGGUGAAAUUAAAGAUCGGUAUUUCCUGAAGCUUUUGGACGUUGGCCUAAACAAAAUACCACCCUGUUCAAAGCCAAUUGAUGAAUUAAGUGAUAAAGAAUGUGAUGAUUGGAUCAAAGAAUCCUUGUUGACUACAAAUGAUGAAGCAUGUAGAAAAGCAUCUUAUCAGAUUGAUAUUCCUCAAUUGGAAAGAGAAUUUCCGUUGAUGGGGAAAAGUGAAUAUUUAAUAUUACCCUUGUCCUUGGAAAAUAAUUCCACACUCACAGGCACGGCAUCAAUAUUGGAACAGUUCAGCAAGGAAUUUAAAAUUCCAUGUAAACAUGCAAAUAGACACUUCGUUUUUGACGAAACUAAUAAGUGUUACGAUCUUACUUCUGCUAGAAAACAUCAUGAAUUUAUGAUCAUGCUGUUUAAUCAUCGAAAGAAUUCCAUUGUCAUAGACGAACGGAUACGGUCUACUGAGAAAACCAUUGUCGAUGAAUCCAACGAAAGUAGGGGAGAUGAGGAUGGAGAAACUAAUGAAAUACCUGCAGAAACCAUCGAAAGUACAACUCGCUUUUUCCAACAGCAAGAUGGAAAGUUGAUCAAAUUGUACAAUCGCAUAAAUAACAACAUGAUGACUGCAAUGCAAUCAAAAGAUAACGAGCAAUUAAAUAAACUUGUUAAAAAGUUGCAAGAUACACAAGAGGAGUGGGAGAAUGUUGCAGAUCAUCUCGGUCGUAAUAUAUUACAUUAUGCGGUGGAAUAUAAUAAUAUCCCCUUAGUCAAAACACUGAUUUCCUGUGGAUUAAACAUUAACAUCCAAGAAGGUUGUGGCGCCACGCCACUUUCUAUUGCAGUUUUAAACCGUUACGAUGUCAUGUGCGAAUUACUUGUUCAAAAUUUUGCCUCCUUUUCUGGACCGUUGUAUGCCAGUAUGCCGUCUCCUAUGGACAUGGCAGAGAAUAUGGAGUUGACAGAUAUUCUCGAAUUGUUUCAAUAUCAGGAAAAGGAAGAUGAUUAUAUUGACAAGAUAACCAACGAUGGAAGCAAUUGCUGCUCUGAUAUUUCAAUGGAAACAUCGAGUAAAGAUGGAGAUGGUGAUGACACGGUUGGUGUUGUAUUUGACCGCAGCGUUAAUGUACAAUGUCCAACUGCGAUAGUAGGAGAUCAAGGAACUUGUAAGAUCCUUAGGUCAGCAAAACACCGUUCACAAGAGGCAUUCAAAUGGGUAGCAGAAGUGCCUGGUGAUCUGCACACGAAAGGUUACCUUUGUGAAGCAGCAUACAAGGCUAAAAAGUCAGGUGUGUUUUUGUAUGUCGUUAAUAAGGUGAUGAAAAGGCCAAAAGUCGUUGAUGAAGCUUUUCGGGCAAGAAAAUUUCAGCAACAGAACUUGCAAAGAAUACAAGAAGCUGUAAGAGAUGGUGCUAUGGCGAUUGGUCUCGCUGCAGUUCAGAAUUUCAAAAUUUCAGAAGAAUUUCCCAGCAAAGAAGAUUUCGAUGAACAAUUGACUUUGUCCGGUAAUCACAAUGAUAUUCUUCUCAAGUCAUUCAAGCAUUGGUUAUCAAAAUGUGCAGAACAGGAUCAGUCAUUCGCGUACACCAUGCAAAUGUUUGAUCUAUUUGCUCCGCUUCUUGAAGGGAUGAAUGACGUGAUUAGGAACGGUCUUGGAACAACAAGGGAGGCUAUUUGGAAGAUUCUGUUGCCCAUAUUUGCACAACUUCAGUUUCGGAACUACUGGACGGAAGCUUUGGUUCAUGUGGUAAACUUUACAGCGGUUUGGCCUAUUGCUUUCAGGGAGAUGAUGAAGCGAAAUUGCUCCAUCAGUCUAUCUGGCAAGGAAGGGCACGAUCUAGCUAUGGAUGAAUUUGUCGAAGAGCAUUUAGUGAAGCCAUUAAAAAGCUAUGUGACAGGUAAAUCUAACUGCUUGUUUAUUCGUUUAAUUUUGGCUAUACUGUUCUUCAUGUACAAUGUCAAUGACAACGUGCAACACUACGUAUUAAUGAGUAAUGUAGUUUAUAAGCAAAACAUCGACGUUUUUAGUGCAUGCCGUUCGUCACGCUUUCACUCAAAACCUCGAAGUUUUGCUUAUAUUUUGCAGGUAGUUGUAAUUCCGCAAAUUGGUUAUAUGUCAUAUCCGGAACCGUUUGUUGAAAUUCUGUACUUUAAGAAACUUGUUCAAACUACGUGUUGCUUGCUGAUUUUCUUUCACUUUUUUCUCCAGAACGCAUAAUUAAUUGCUCACGUUCUGUUUGUAGCACAUAAUUUAGUUCGUAUUAGUCAAUUAAGGACAUACAAGUGUGAAGAUGUGUGAACGCAUGAUGGCAAAUAUCCAGAUUAUAGAAGCAACCAGAAAGGCAUUUAUGUCCACAAAAGCUUUCAACGUACAUCCCACUAAGAAACACUCGCAGCAAGAUCCUUUUCCUGACCACAUAGUGUGGUUUUGCUUGCGAGAAGAUGUCGUGUCAUGUGUUGAAGAUAGGAAUGUAAUUCGCCAUUUUCCUUUGGAUGGCUCGGGUCCAAAAGAGAUCCAACUUCCCAAGAAAUGCUAUGAAGUAUACAAGAAGGGAUGUCAAAAGGUCACAAAAGAAUUUAAUGGAAAGUUACACGAAUGUUUUCCAAGUGUCCGACAUGUUGGCUCAACUUAA